CCCGAGAGACCCCGUCGGGUCGAGGCUGGUGGCAGGCAGGCGGGCAGACGGGCGGUCAGGCCCGGGCCUCGGCCUCCUCGCCAUGUCCUCGGGCCGCGACGCCAGCGGCCGCUUCCCGCUGCACCUCCUGGUCUGGAACAACGACUACCGGCAGCUGGAGAAGGAGCUGCGGGACCAGAAUGCAGAAGCUCUGGACCCACGGGGUCGGACAUUACUGCACCUUGCGGUUUCUUUGGGGCAUUUGGAAUCUGCUCGAGUGUUGCUGCGACAUAAAGCAGAUGUGACCAAAGAGAACGGCCAGGGAUGGACAGUUCUGCAUGAGGCUGUGAGCACGGGUGAUCCCGAGAUGGUCUACACCGUCCUGCAACACCGAGACUACCAUAACACAUCCAUGGCCCUUGGAGGUGUACCUGAGCUGCUACACAAGAUUCUUGAGGCCCCGGAUUUCUAUGUGCAGAUGAAAUGGGAGUUCACCAGCUGGGUGCCCUUGGUCUCUAGAAUCUGCCCGAAUGAUGUCUGCCGCAUUUGGAAGAGUGGUGCUAAGCUGCGCGUGGACAUCACUCUGCUGGGGUUUGAGAACAUGAGCUGGAUAAGAGGGAGACGAAGUUUCAUAUUUAAGGGAGGAGACAACUGGGCGGAGCUGAUGGAAGUCAACCACGAUGACAGAGUGGUCACCACUGAACACUUCGACCUUUCCCAAGAAAUGGAGCGCCUCACCCUGGACCUCAUGAAGCCAAAGAGCAGGGAGGUUGAGAGGCGGCUCACGAGCCCAGUCAUCAACACCAGCCUCGACACUAAGAAUAUCGCCUUUGAAAGAACUAAAUCCGGAUUCUGGGGCUGGAGGACAGAUAAAGCAGAAGUUGUUAAUGGUUACGAAGCCAAGGUUUACACGGUCAACAAUGUGAGUGUGAUCACCAAAAUCCGCACGGAGCACCUGACAGAGGAGGAAAAGAAGAGGUACAAAGAGGACCGGAAUCCACUGGAGUCUCUGCUGGGAACUGUGGAACAUCAGUUUGGUGCUCAAGGGGACCUCACUACGGAGUGUGCCACCGUGAACAACCCCACGGCCAUCACACCCGACGAGUACUUUGACGAAGACUUUGAUCUGAAAGACAGGGACAUUGGAAGGCCAAAGGAGCUGACGAUCCGAACACAGAAGUUUAAAGCUACACUGUGGAUGUGCGAAGAGUUCCCGCUCUCCCUCGUGGAACAGGUCAUUCCCAUCAUCGACCUCAUGGCUCGGACCAGCGCUCAUUUUGCAAGAUUGAGAGAUUUCAUCAAAUUGGACUUUCCUCCUGGAUUCCCUGUCAAAAUAGAAAUCCCCUUGUUUCACGUUUUGAACGCACGGAUUACCUUUGGAAAUGUUAAUGGCUGUAGCACCGCUGAAGAGAGUCAGAAUGUGGAGGGGAACAAUGGCAGAAACGUGCAUCUCCAGGAUGAGGACUAUGAAAUAAUGCAGUUUGCCAUCCAGCAGAGCCUGUUGGAGUCCAGCAGGAGCCAGGAACUUUCGGGACCAGCUUCAAAUGGAGGGAUCAGCCCCACCCACAGCUAUGAAGCCCAGUAUGAGAGGGCCAUCCAGGAGAGCCUCCUAACCACCAUGGAAGGCCCGUGCCCAGGUGCCCUCGGUGAGUCGAGCCGCUUUGAUAGUGACCUGCAGCUGGCCAUGGAGCUGUCUGCCAAGGAGCUGGCCGAACAGGAGCUCAGGCUGCAGGAGGAAGAGGCCCAACUCCAGCAAGUCUUGCAGCUGUCACUCACCGAGAAAUAGACAUUUCUGUCCAGGGGCUACGCGGGAGUGCUCCGUCAGCUGAGACCCGACGGCAGAGGGCCUGCACUCCUGCAGACAGCAGCUGCCCCUUCCUUAUGCAAAGGAGCAGGCCCAGGGACUCCCCAGAAUGGAGAAGGGGAGCACUGGCAGGCCCCAUCUCCUGGCUGAGGGGAGGGGCAUCGUCACCUUCCAUUAGCUGCCCUGGCUUGCAGGUCACAUCUCUACUACCAGCUUUAGACAGACGCCAAGCCCUGCGGGUUAGCAGAGACAUCUUAAUCAGGAGUUCUAACAGUUCCUGUAGGGUCAGGGUGCUUUCUACACGGGAGCAGCGGCCUUUGUAGAGUGCUCACCAAAGAAACGGGUUAUGCUGACCUCUCCAUUUCCCUUCCUGUAGGGUCCCUAGGAUAGGACGUUGCCGCCAUUACACCUCCUCAUCUCUACCUUGUCCAUGCUCUGUACCCCAGCUAAGAGGAUAUGCACAGGAUCUAUUUUAGAUUAUGGCUAACUAUUUGCAUCAAAUUAAGAUAGACAAAUGACCACGGAUGUUGCCUUAGCCUUAAAAAUUACUAAUAGUUUUAAGCCACCUCACUCCACACACUGAGGAGAGUUCCUCUGGGAGCAGCAUCCUCCAGGCUACACCAAAGGCAGCUAAUCCUGUCCUUGGAGGAGCAGCUAGGGGAGUCGGUCGGCGGCUGGUUCUCGAAGCAGGCAAGCUGACCGAAGCGCUGGCCCGGCAGAGCCAGCUGCAGGCCUGGCUGCCUCGGAGGACGGACAGGAUGGACUUGAAUCAGAGGGACGCUAACAUGGAGUAGAGGCUCUUCAUCCAAAAGGGAAAAGGGACAACUCAUUGCUUUUUAGAGUUCGAAUCAACAUCUUUCUGGAUAAAUAUAUUUUUUAACAGAAUCUUUUUAUUAUUUUUAAAAGAUAUAAAAAUGACUACUCCCAUCAGUAGCAAUACAAGGUUAUGCAUUUUAACCAGAUUUUCUCAGGCCUUUUUUGGAUACCUUUAGUAGUUAACUAUUUUGUCUAACCCUCCUGUAAAUACCUACUGCAUAACAGACCGACCCCUGGGGGAUACAGCCAAGGGCACCCUGCACCUCUCACCCGGUGCAGGCGUCCCCCCCACAGGCUGCGCUGACCACUGGUAAACAGCACCUGCCUCUGUUUUGCAUCUGUUUCCUGUUACACUUCUUUUGGGAUAGGAAGGGAAUCCACCAGUCCCAAGAAUGUCUGUUUGAUACAGUCAGUGUUGCCAGUAAAAUGUUCUUAGACAAAAAGAAUUGUGAUUUUAAUUCCUCAUAGCCAUCUGCCUUUUGUCCUGGUCUAACCAGACUUCCCUCCCUGUACAUAGGCCAGUAUGGGCAUCACAUUUGUACAGCUUGGCGGUCUGUGUCCUUGGCGUUUGUUGGGGGCAAAGGUACCGUGGGAGUGGCAGUCCUCGGGCUGUGUCACCCACCAAGGUGACUCCCGGGUGACUCCUCUGUUUGCAUUCCUGAAGUCUGUGACUGUGUCCCCAGGAAGUCACUUAAAAAAGGACUGAGCAUUGCAUCAACGUGUUGCAGCUUUCCCCAUGUGUUCUCUCUUAAAACGCCAAUAAAUAUGCUUCCAUAGAGGGUGCUCACAGUC